CAUAUAAAAUCAAAAACCCAUAUAUACAAUACUAAAGUAAAAUCCCAUCUUUCGAUCAGAUGAAUACGACGCGGUUCUCGGAUAAACAGAUAAUGGAUCUGAUGAACGACAAUAUCUCGAACGACGGCGAUCAUCAGAGAUCGCGUGUCGACGAUACUAACGAUUUAGUUUCGAAGAAGGAAGCGAUCGUCCCCAGCUACGAUUUUCAGCCUAUUCGACCUAACGCCACCGUCGGAUUGUCUCACUCCGCUUUAGAUCUCGCCGGAUCCGUCAAUUCCACGGCGGCUAGGGGUUUUACGGCGUCUGAUUUUUAUCCCGUUAAAUCAUCCGCAAGACAGAGUUAUGGUUCUGUUGACUCUAUUGAGCCUUCGAAGUUGUUUGCUGAGAAGGAACGAACUAACCCUGAGACGGCGAUAUUAUCUGAGAUUGAUCGGGUGAUGAAGAAACAUGCUGAUGACUUGAUGAAUGUAAUGGAAGGUGUUAGUGCACGUCUAACGCAACUGGAGAGUAGGACUAGGAAUCUGGAGAAUCUGGUUGAUGAUGUGAAAGUUUCUGUUGGGAACAGUCAUGGGAACACUGAUGGGAAAAUGAGACAGCUUGAAAACAUCAUGUUAGAGGUGCAAAGUGGUGUGCAGUUGUUGAAGGACAAACAAGAGAUACUUGAAGCGCAGCUUCAGCUCUCAAAGCUUCAAGUACCAAAGGUAGACCAACGUUCCGAUAAGCACUCUACACACGUUGAACACACUGCUCAACCUCCCGCAGCACUGCCUCAGCCACCAGCUUCCGCUGCAGCUCCACCAUCUCUUACUCAGCAGGGCCUCCCACCACAACAAUUUAUCCAGCAGCACAGUCUCCAGGCACCUUCAUCACAACUGCCUCAGCUUCCAAGCCAGUUCCCUCCCCAACAGGAGUCUUAUUUCUCCCCUCCUGGUGGUGGUCAGUCCCAGCCGCCACCAGUGAACAAUCCUCCUUACCAACCUCCUCCACCUCCUCAAACCCAGUCACUCCAUCAACCACCUUACCAGCCACCUCCUCAACAGCCACAGUACCCUCAACAGCCACCUCCUCAGCUUCAACAACCGUCUUCAGGCUACAACCCGGAGGAGCCACCUUACCCUUACUCGUCAAACCCUCCUCGUCAACAACCACCUCCUGCUCCCGCCACAUCUCAACAGUACUACAAUAAUCCUCCAACCCCACCAUCAAUGUACGAUGGACCAGGCGGUAGAUCCAGCUCAGGCUUCCCUUCCGGAUACUCUCCUGAAACUUACCCGUACACCACGCCACCCUCUUCACAGUUUGGAAACACCCAGACCAUGAAACCGUCUCAUCAGAGUGGAGGAGGAGGAGGAGGAGGAUCUGGUUAUCCGCAAAUCCCUAUGGCUCGCCCACUUCCACAAGCUUUACCAAUGGCUACAGCUAUCAGCAGCGGUGGAAGUGGCGGCGGAGGCUCCGGUUCUCCAAGAUCCGGAAGUAAUGUCCCAGUGGACGAUGUGAUCGACAAAGUGAGUAGCAUGGGGUUCCCAAGAGACCAGGUGAGAGGAACAGUGAGGGCGUUGACUGAGAACGGUCAAGCCGUGGACCUGAAUACUGUUUUAGACAAGCUGAUGAAUGGAGGUGUGAUGCAACAGCAGCAGCAGCAGCAACCGCCAAGAGGUUGGUUUGGGGGUCGUUAACUGUGUAUCCUCCCAUGACAUUGUAUAGAGUCUCAUCUCCCAUUUCGGAUCUCUAGUUCGAGAGCACGUCUUUGAAUUACAUUCGUGUUUGAUUUGUGAUUUUACUGUUUUCUCAGACCUUUCCCUAUGUGUUUGAAACUUUGAAAUUCAGAAUUUCAUUUCUUCAAUGUUCCAUUUGUGCA